AUGGCACAUCCCAUCAUGCUGCCUGUGCUACUUUUGGGGAUGAUAAGACCCCUCUACCCAAUAUCUGGAACUGAAAUUGACCGAUCAGAUGAUGGAGGUUCUCCUAAGAUAACCCUGCAACGAUCAUAUGUCUAUUUUGGGCAGGCAUAUAAUCAAAUUUUUGUCAACCAGAAUGGACACCUGACAUUUUUUGGUAUAUGGAGUAGUUUCAUUCCUCAAAAGUUUCCAUUGCAUGGAUCUAAAGACGUCAUCGCUCCAUUCUGGACAGAUUUGGACAACAGAGAAUCUGGCUAUGUCUACUACAACCAAUACACCAGUGGAAUUGUUCUACAACAAGCUACACAGGACAUAAAUGAUUAUUUUCCAACCUUGAACUUCAAUGCCAACUGGGUGUUUGUUGCAACAUGGUAUGAGGUGGCCUACUUUCCAAAUUCAGGAACGGCUGGCUAUGACACAAUAAACUCCACCCACCAUUUCACAAUUCCUGGAUCAUUCUCUAGCAAUGCUACAGGCAGUAAGUCAACUUUUCGCUGGAGUAGCAAUGUCAAUAAACCUGGUCGCUGGGCUUUCCGAACAGACCAUGGAACAAGAGGCUGCAUUUUCAAUGAACAAUGCGGUGGAGGGCUGCCCUACUAUAGAGUAGAGGGCAAGAAUGAGCACCUAAGCAGUAGUCGAGUUUCCUGGACACGACUGGUCAAAGUGUAUGUCUACAAUGAAACCAUUGAGCUUGUCAAGGGACGUCGUGGCGAGGCCAAGGUUAAUGGAAUCUUUCUGGCCACUCCGAUCUAUCUCAACAAUGGCACUGUCCAAGUUUAUGAGUCAGGUUUUUCUGUGAUCAUCAGUACUGACUUUGGCUUGGAGGUGUCUUAUAACAAAUAUUAUCGUCUCAGGAUCAGUGUUCCCUACACUUACCAGAAUGCAACAUGUGGCCUGUGUGGAAAUUUUAACAAUAUUCCUGGGGAUGACUUCCGAACCCCCCAAGGUGAGGUUGUGGACUCUGAUGUUGAUUUUGCCAACAGCUGGAAAGCAUCAGGGGAUGAUGAACCUGGUUGUGAGCCGGUGUGUGCAGGUCUGGACUGUGCUGCAUGCACUAGGGAUCAGACAGCUUUAUACAGUGACAAUGCCUAUUGUGGUAUCCUCCUGAGUGAAUCUGGACCUUUUGCUGCUUGCCAUCAACGACUUCCCCCAGAGGCAUUUGUGCAAAGCUGUGUGUUUGAUCUGUGUGUAGCAGGAGGGUAUCAACCCAUUCUGUGCCAAGCCCUAACUACGUAUGCCAGUCAAUGUCAACAGAUUGGUAUACAGGUGCCAAGCUGGAGGAGACAGGGUUUCUGUGAAAUCCCUUGUCCAUCCAACAGCCACUUUGAAUCCCAAGGCACAGGAUGUCCAGCUACCUGUGUCAACCCCAAUUCUACCCAGGACUGCCCUCUUCCAGCCCAGGAGAGCUGCAUCUGCAAUUCAGGCUACAUCCUUAGUGCUGGGGUCUGUGUCCCUCAUUCUGAGUGUGGCUGCACAUUUGAGGGUCGCUACUACCGCUCUGGAGAAACUGUAAUACCAGACGAGGACUGUAGGAGACGUUGUAGCUGCAGUUAUGGCUCCAUGACCUGUCACUCUCAUGGAUGUGACCCACUAGAGUCUUGCAAGGUGGUGGAUGGAAAAAGAGGAUGCAGACCUAACAGCUAUGCAGCAUGCUCGAUAAGGGGCCCAGGGUCAUAUCAAACAUUUGAUGGACUGACAUACCAGUAUCCUGGUGCAUGUCGUUUGAUCCUUGCCAAAGUAAUGGGUAUGUCAAGUCACAACCACUUUUCGGUGACAAUAGAAAAAACACCCAGAGGCCUGCAGGGCUUUGACACGUUGUUGAAGAUUGAGGUAGAGGAUUCACAGGUGUCCAUUAUGUCUAGUAGCAUUGUACAGGUUGACGGUCAGAAGAUCAGACUACCAUUCAGCUUAGCGUCCAACCGAAUCCAAAUCUACCACAGCAGCAUUCACAGUAUCAUCCUUCGCACUGCCUUUGGUGUAACUGUGGAGACAGAUGGGUCUCACAUUGUGCAUGUUACUGCACCCAGUAUCUACAAUGGCUCACUAGGUGGACUCUGUGGUAAUUACAAUGGUCACCCAGGUGAUGACUUCCGCACACCCAAUGGCAUCCUGGUCAACAGCUCUCAGGUCUUUGGAGACAGCUGGAGAAAUGGCUCCCUUACUGCAGAGUGUGUAAAGUCCACAAUAAUUAUUGGUACAGACUGCCCUCCAAACAGUCAUUAUGACCUCUGUGGAAGCCCUUGCCCUUCCACCUGCCCAAGCCUCUCUUUCCCCUUCACCUGUAUUACUGUGUGCAAGGAAGGUUGCUUCUGUGAUGAUGGUUUUGUCCUCGAUGGCAACCGGUGUGUGCGACCAACAGACUGCGGAUGCUACCACCAAGAACGCUAUGUACAAGCUGGUGAACAGUUCUGGGAUGGUGAGGAAUGUCAGAACUUGUGUACAUGUAAUGGCACCACUGCGGCAGUCAACUGUAUCCCCAGCUCCUGUGGUCCCCAGGAGUCCUGCCGUGUGGUAGAGGGCGAGUUUGGCUGCCAUCACAAACCGAAUGGCAUCUGCUCUGCCUCUGGUGACCCCCACUACCUCACCUUUGAUGGAAAGGCCUAUGACUUUCAGGGAACCUGCCGCUACGUUCUGGCAACCCCUUGUAAUGCCACUGAUAAUCUCCCCCAGUUUUCAGUGGAAGCUAAGAAUGAGCCUUGGUUUGGGUUGCCAUUUUCAAGCACAGAAGAGGUUUUUGUGAAUGUGUCGGGCUAUCAAGUGCACCUAUCGGGGUCGAGCAAUGGUGUUGUACAGGUGAAUGGAAUAACCAAAAAUCUACCUAUUAAUUUGAAUGGAGGUCAUCUUUCAAUCAAUGCAAAAGGAUCUGAAACAUUUGUCAGUGCUGAUUUUGGUCUGACUGUCACAUAUAAUGGAUGGAGAGUGUCUAUCUCUGUACCCCCAAUUUACAGUGGAAAAACAUGUGGACUUUGUGGAAACUUCAAUGGAAAUCCAAAUGAUGACUUCCACACCCCAACUGGAAUUAUUGUCACCACUCCAGAUGAGUUUGGGAAAUCUUGGAAGGUGGCAGGCAACUAUACCUGCAGUGAUGGGUGUGGGUCCUCCUGCCCACAAUGUACCAAUGAUCUGCCUGCUAGAGCCCAAUGUGCAGUGAUUCAAGCAGCUGAUGGCCCCUUAAGCUUCUGCCAUGAGCAGGUGGACCCAGCACCAUAUUUUAAUGACUGUGUGUUUGAUGUUUGUGUGUCGGGAAAUGGUCUAUGUGAAUCCAUUGAAACAUAUGUCAGAGCCUGUCAAUCUGCUAAUGUUCCAAUCUACCCUUGGAGACAAAACACCACCUGCAGAAUUACCUGUUUGGAAAACGAGCAUUAUGAGCUGUGUGGUACUGACUGUGGCAGAACCUGUGGCAGAAGCAAUAGAGCCAGCUGUGGAAUCGAUUGCUCAGAGGGAUGUUUCUGUGACAGAGAGUUUUUCAGGAGUGGGACGAGAUGUGUCCCUCUGGAAAACUGUGGCUGUCAGCGUGACGGUGAAUACUAUAAUGCUGGUGAGUCGUUCUGGACAGAUGGUUGCACUCAGCGAUGUGAGUGCCAUGGUCCCAAUGACCUGCGCUGUUCUGCUGCAUCUUGCACUCCUUUACAAAAGUGCACCAUCAGAAAUGGCCAGCUGGGUUGUUUUGGGGAUUUCACUACUUGCACUGUGUGGGGUGACCCACACUACAUCACCUUUGAUGGGGCAACAGCUCAUUUUCAGGGCACAUGCUCUUACAUCAUUGCUGAGAGUGUGAACCACCACGCCAAUGAAACCCAGUUUCAUGUAACAGCCACCAACAAUCAUCGAGGCAACAACCGUGUGUCAUUUGUAUCAGCAGUUGAUAUAUCCCUUUUAAGUCUGAUAAAGAGAGAGCGUGCACACAUCAGGAUUGGACCCAACAAAAGAGUAAAGGUAAAUGGAAGGGAGGUAUCUCUUCCCACCACUGCAGGAACCUUAGCUCAGGUGGAAAGACAGGGAAAUGACAUAGAGGUUCAUGCAGAAGACUUGAUAGUCCAGUUUGAUGGCCAGAGCAUUUUACUGGUCAGAGUAGGCCAAAAUCGUCAAAACAGAGUCAGUGGGAUGUGUGGAAACUUCAACAAUAACCCUGCAGAUGACAAAGUAUUGCCCAAUGGAACACUGGCACAAAAUGACUGUGAAUUUGGACACAGCUGGAAGUCAUCCACAAGCCAACCAGGAUGUGGAUCCACAGAUGUUGACAUUUGUGGUGGAUGGGAUGACUGUCGCUUUAUAGAAGAAUACUCUGAGCUCUGCAGUGUCAUCACCAACACUAGUGGUCCAUUCAGUUCCUGUCACCUGCACUCUGACCCCCAGCCAUUUUUCGAUUCCUGUGUCUAUGAUCUCUGCCUCUACACUCCGGCUAAUGGCAUGCUUUGCGCUGCUGUGGCAGCCUAUGAGAGAACCUGCUCUGUUUUAGGGCUGAACAUCACGGAGUGGCGCUCAGCUUUGCAAUGUGCUGAGACAGAUCCCUGUGAACAGCUGAACUGCACAGAGUAUGAGUGGUGCGGUGAGAAGGAUGGUGUUUAUGGCUGCUUCUGUGAUGAACAUUACCGGCCCAACAAUGAAAGCUAUGACUCUUCCAUCACUUGUUUAGGUAGUUCAGGCACAAUCUCCCUGUCACGCUGUCAGCUGUUUGAAGCUGGCUUCCAUCCUAGUUCCCUUCAUCUCCAAGACUUCACCUGUAAAGGGACUCUUGAGGACGGACGACUGAUCUUCCACUUUAACAAUAAGGACCAGCUGUGUGGGACAGUUCUCAAGAGCAAUGGGUCCCACUUCAGCUACGUGAACUCCAUCCAGGCCGAUGAUGGCAUAAACAUUCAGCUGGUUUUCUGCUGUGAAUACCCUCUGACUCAGGCCCUGUCUAUGGAUAUAGGCAUCAACCCAGUAGAGAGCUUUGUAAAGAAGAAGCUUCCAAUUGGCCAUGGUCACUAUCAUUUGAGAAUAAUCCCAUACCAUGACGCUCACUUCAGCGCCCCGCUAACCAGUCCCAUCAACGUAGAAAUGGAAAUAGGGGAGAGAUUGUAUGUGGAGGUGCGGGCAGAAGGAGUCGAUGAACAGCAGGUCGCCGCUGUUGUGGACUCUUGUUGGGCCACCCCACUCGACAAUGCCAGCUGCCCUAUCCGCCGGGAUCUCAUUAUGAAUAAGUGUCCUGAUUCAACGGAUGAUACUGUUGAGCUGUUUCAGAAUGGCAAUUCCACUGUGGCUCAAUUCUCCUUCAAGAUUUUCUCUUUCACCAAUUUUCCGUCCAUCUACCUUCACUGCCAAAUCCACCUGUGCCUUUUGAGGAACAACUGCACAGUUAAUUGCAACACCGAUCACAACAGAGGAAAGAGAGACGUAUCCUACUAUGACACUGUAAUGCUGUCACUUGGACCUCUGAGAUACACGACAAAAUAAUGAAACCUCCUUGAUGACCCUGCCUGACAUUUUGCUGACUGCAACAACUCUGGCGAGAUGAACAAAUAUUACCAUUAUAUCUUUAUCAAAAGACAGUAGCUUGAUCAUGUCACUUACCUUUCAGCCUAAAUUAUAGUGUUAAAUUUUAGAAAGAGCUAGGUUAAUGUAGGUCUAAUUGAUUUCUAUACA